AUGGUUCUCAUGGCGGAUGGUGAAUGGGGAGUGUGGGAUCUCGAAGGGGCAGGCCCAGGAACCAUAAAGGGCCCACUCCAGCGUCAAUCCAGUGUACAGGGGGUGACUGGCGGAUCUUUGACUGCUUUUUCUGUCAGUGGUCGGAUCCUGAGUCCGCUGUCAGGAGCCCGAUCUGAAACAGGCGGGCCUAUCGUGGAACAGCGUCCUAAAUUCGCACCCCUGACGCCACAUACUAAGCGUGUGCGUGAAGAUACCUUGCUGAAGGGCGCCAUGGUUGGGUCAAUUAUGCCAUCUUUGUGCGGAGAAAUCUCCGUCUAUCAAACCAAUUCGUACCGUGAUUCGCUAUCUGACGAGUCGAUUCUGUUGCGACACGGCAACCAGAGUGCUGUCAUUCCAAGUUUGCUGUCCUUGUGGCGGAAUGCUGUCAAAGCAACCGGAACUUUUGAUGCGUCCAACCGCUGCCGAGUUUCAGCCAUCCAAGAUAUCGCCUUAAUGGGCGAACAUUUAAAGGGCAUCGGCCACCUUCCUGCCGCUUUUCGCCAGACUCGCCAAGCUGAAGGUGGAGACCAUGAUGCUCUUCUCAUUGCAGAACACCGAAUCAUAGUCCUUACUCCAAGACUGAAUGAGCCGGAUGAAUAUCCUGCACUUCUAGGGUCAGUGAACGAGACACCGACCGCAGAAACUGAUCAGUUGAAGCUUCGGCGUGGUGAACUUGACGUCGAAGGAAUGGAUCGAUUACUGAGUGGGAUGGCCGGUGGGAAUCAAUCCCUCCGAAUGGGGAGUCCUAUUAAGCGGGCGCGGAUUUUCACCUGA